AACCUACCCGACGCUCAGAAUAUUUGCUUGAGAAGGAGGCAAAAGAACUCGACGCGGAAGGUCAUGGGUGGUAUCCCGUGUCAAGCCUUCAAUGCUUAAGAGUCGCCAACAGGCCGUCCACGAUGAUUGUUCGCGUGAUGUUGUGAUUGGAGGGGAAUGUCUCACACCCGACCGUAGAAAUGAAGGGUCCUGCAGGGACAGGGACGACCUGGGGAUUUAUAUAUCCACUGUAACCCAAGUGUGCCGCUGUGCCGGUGUCUUAGGAUUUGCUCACAGCCCGUCAUCAUUCCCAGUUGAGAGGAAAGUUCCUGCAAGGAUCAAGCUUAACGAUGGCGCCAUCAUGCCAAGUUUGAUGCGAAGCUCUGUCUUGCCUCAAGUUGGUUCUCACCCCGCAUCCUCUCGUCGGGUCCAAGACGCAUGCCCGCAUCGCAAGUCGUAUCCCCUUGUGCCAGGCCGUGGGGGGCCUGGGAAUGCGGUAAAAUCGGUGGUGCACGGCCGCCCAUCCCUGUCCCGGAUGGAUCUAUUCGGCGGUUGGCCGGCGCCAAGGCGGCACUCUCAUCCGCCCGUGGGCCGGAGCCAGACAUAGCGGGCGAAGCAUGUGACUAGGUGGGGGCGGACGCCACAUGUUGUUGAGCGUGUUGACAUGUAGACCGGUCCAAGGUAUAGGACGACGAGAAUACGGGCUGAGGUAUUGACUGUAGAGGUGAUGGCUAAAGUACUAGCAACUGAGGGUGUUAACCUCCACCUCCCUCCCGCUAUCUCUU